ACAGCCGUAAAAAAAAAAAAAAUUAUUAUCAAGAUCCAGACUCUCACCAGUAUAUAGGUCGAAAAGAGGGAAUUUGUUAACGUUAAUAUGUGGUUUAAAACAGUCUGUUUCUAAAUAAAAAUAAUUACCACAACGAUAACUUUAUAUUAUAUUCACCCUAAAGUAUUUUCAAACACAGUGUCAUAGUAUUUUGAAUUGAACGGAAGCAGAGACGGUGUAAGGACUUUGGUAAAAUGUUGUUGCCUGGCAACGGAAGUCAAACAGGUGCACAACUCAGCGUCUUCUGAAGAACUUGGUGUGACACUAGAAACCUGUGCAAAUUAUCCCCAGGGAGAAAGAAUUAAGACUAGCAAAAAGUGAUUUCGUCUGUUACUGCUACAUGUGAAUUCAAUAUGAACAUGACUGGCGGAAAUACCUCUUACCAAUUGAAAUAUAGAGAUAGAUGUCCACACAUACCGGCGGCCGGAAAACUAGUACCUGCGGGAGACAGGGCAAAGAGCUGCUUACAAGAAGUGGCAAGGCCCUCUACCCCGCCUGUGAUAAGGAAAUUUCGCAACAGCAUCCAACCAGAACCAGGAGCUAUCAGAGUGCACUCAGGCAAAGCAAAUGAUCCAGAUGUUGCCAGCACUCUUGUUCAUGGCAUCAAGACCAAAUCAUCCCUCACCAGCAGAAGCUUGCUUAAUCCUCCCAAAAAGACCUUGCUCCAAAAGAAGUUACAAGACCUGAGUGAAGUAGUGUACGCUUCCAGUCAGAGAGCACCUUUAGGAAGAUCACAUGAUCAGCAUAUUGGACUUCCUACCUGGUAUAAUGACAAAAGUACCUUUGGUAUUAAAAUGGUUAAAGGGUUGGAUGUGUGGGAGAUUAUUAACCCUUCAAAAAAAGCUGAGGAGGUGGAGAGGGAAUCUCAGGAGGGACACGAGGCUUAUGUUCGUAGCCACAAUGCCUAUUUUGUUGGUGAGCGGAUUGAUAGGAAAUAUGACUGGAGUCGAUACAGUAAAGACAGCAGGUUUGGUAUCCUCACACCUCAUUUUAAUGAUGGCCGUAAUCUUGGCAAAACUCUCCGCUGGCUUGGGGAGACACAGAAGUUUUACAAUCCAAAGACUGUUUGGAAGAGAUCUGGGAACAGGGAAAAGAUGGAGACACAAAUUUACAAAGCGAACAAGACGAGAGGAAAUUCCUUGAACGUUCCACCAGAUCAUACCUUUGGAAUUCUCCUACCGCUGGAUGAAUUUGGUGUUGGAGAAACAAUCCACUCCACGGAGCCAGGGCAGUAUGUGAGAGGUCGAGACAGACAGCGCAGCCUUGUCAACACAGUGCGACACCACCUCAAGAAGGUCAACUUCCACAACUUCCCCUCCCUGCUGCAGGCAUUCAGACAUUAUGACAAGAAAGGCAAGGGAAUGAUUGAUAAAGAGGACCUGCGGGCAGUGUGCCGUCAGUUCCAGCUGGAUGUUAGUGGGCCGGUCCUGGAUGACCUGAUGGAUUACUGUGACACGGACAAAGACGGACUGAUAAAUUUCUUGGAGUUUGCUAACUUCCUCAACUGGAAGGACAAGAUGCUCAUCAACACUCAGGAGCAAGACAUCAUAACGAACGAGCGUCAGACCAGUGCAGCUCCAGCUAACACAGAGAGGAAGCCUCUGUCAGAAUCAGAACAGCUUCCUGCCUCUCAGGCCUUGAUUAAACCUGAGGACUUGGAGCCCGUAGAGCAAGGCAGCGCAAAGAAGACUCUCAGGACCCUAAGGCGACACAAGGCAGUCCCAGACCACUUCAUCACCUCCUCCUCCUUCAUCGGGGCUAUCAGUGAUCGUUCGCUCACAUCAAACAGUCGCACAUAUGGGAUCCCGUCUGUGCGCUCUGACCUUCCAGCUCCACCCAUCAAGAGAGUCAGCGACACUACUAACUACGGCAAUACAUCCACAGCUGCAAAACUUCUGCAUCCAUCAGUCCACGCUCUCCAGGGUGUUCAUGAGGAACACUUGCUCUGUCCUCGCACCAAGAGUGAGAUUGCAGAGAUCUUCAGGAAUGUGGGUGUGAAUAUUUCUGAGGAGACCUUUGAGGAGGCCUGGAAGCUGGCGUCCAUGAAGCAACCGGAUGGGAAAGUUUGUGUCGAAGUUUUCCUUAAUGUACUCAAGGAAAUUAAAGCAAUGUAAUAUGGAAGAUGUUUUUUUUACUGGUAUAGUGUUUCCCCAUCAUCAUCAUCAUCAUCAUCAUCAUAAUCAUUAUUUCUGUUUAAAUAUAUAUCUCAGCUGUCUGGUGAAAACUUUGUAACCCUAAAAUGUUUCAGUUUGAUUGGAGUGCAUUUUUGACAUAAUGAAGAAGAAUGGACUUUGGCAAGCCAAAAUAUCUGACUCUGAAGGAAGAAAGAUACAUACGUUUAGGAAUGGGACUAUAUAUGAUUUUUAUCACAAUAAAAAACACUUACAAUAAAUCGAUUGUGGUGAAUUUCCAUAAUCGGGAUAAUCGUGAAUGGGAAUAAUGGUUAAUAUCCUCACAAGUUACUUGAAAAUGCUGUCUAGGCCCGGCUUGCCUAUUGUAACCCAGUGGUGGCGAAGUUAAGCUUUCCGAACCAGCAAGGCUUUCAACACAUGUAUGAAAAAAUGGUUCAUUUCCUGAAAGCUUUUCAAAUCAGAGCUCAAUGGGGAGAUCGGCUGGUCAAUGUGAGAAAAAGAACGUUUCAUAACCGACCAACACAUGGAUGUCCUUGAAGCAAUAAUUAAUGGAUAGAUGAAUACAUGAAUGAAUGAAUCAAUAAAUAAAAUGAUACACAAAUAAAUAAUUAAAUGAAUAAAUAAAACAGAUCCACCACAUACUCCAAAUAACAGAAAAAAAGAUAACAUUUUCCAUUUCUGAUUUGGACAAUUUAUCUUUCAUAAACAAGUAAAACUCAUGAAAUCAUCGAGUAAAAAGAAAGGGAGAAGGGAAGACAUUUAGCAAUGGGCCUUAGAUCGGACUCGAGCCCGGCCCGCCGCCAGAUGGCUCAACCUUGUAUGAAAGGUGUUGUACCAGGUGAACCACCGCAGUACUCACGCAAAGGCAUCACGCACAAAUUUGUAAUACAGCGAUCCACAAUACAACUCGACAAUUCACGAAGUUGCACCGCUUUUCGCGCAUUUUUAAUCAGUUAGAAGCAGUCACGUGGGUAUGUGUGUGUGUGUGCGUGAAAUGAAGCGUCCGACGUCAUUGGUCACGUGAUUUUGAUAGAACGAAUCAAGCCUCGAUACACAGCUUCAGUGAAAAUAUUGAUUUUUUUUUUGACACACUUAGUCACAGUUGACAUCACUACAGGAAAAAAGUUUGUCUCAAAACUCUGUGUGUGUAAAACAUGAAUCCACAAGCGUAGGGAAAAGAAGUGGAACAUGAAAAUGAGUCGCCCACCCGCAGAACUGGCGGCAGAAGGUCCAACACCGCCAAUUUGAACCCCCAUCUCCGCGACGACCAUUUAGCCGUGUUCGCCGAACUACAGGUAAAAUUAACUCACGUUACUGUAAGUUACCGUUACUUAACGUAACGUACUUUAGUGUUGGUUACGUUAUACUAACGUUGACGUAUAUGUAAAUGUUCGUUGUGUUGUGAACGUUUUGUGACGUUUCGGUGAGCAGUGUACUGAGCUAACGUUAUCUAGGCGGCGUUAGCUAAGUAGCUAAGUAGCUAAAUAGCUAAUGAGUUUCACCCUUGACAUCUCCGCAGUUUAGCGCAGCUCGUCCUUCAAUCUUUAACUGUAACAAUAAUCUGGCCGUCGCUCAUAAGUAAUAGUUCAAAUCAAUUAAACUUUAUUCUAUUUGAAAGGAAAUCUCGUUGCAAGUACACAUAACAUGGCAGUGCAUGUAUUUGUCAACAGCAACAACAACUAUAAAUGUAAGUUUGAUCAUUUAGUAGGCUGUAUGCAUGCAGAAAUUACCAUCUACAGCAUUUAUAAAUCUAUAAUUCAGUAUUUCAGUAUUAUACAAAAAAGGAGAAAAAUAAAGUGAUUUCGUUAUGUUUUAGGGCAGCAGAGUUCAAAGCAUAUUUCCAUAAUUAUCGCAAUUAUUUUGGCCAGGAUAAUCAUGACCUGAAAUUUUCAUAUCGUCCGAUGCCUAGUUGUGUUGUUACGUUUUUGCAUGAAAACCAUAGUAUAAAAAUCUCAACCACCAGUUACCUCAUUGUCAAAUAGUUAGUAGUAGGUGUCAGCUACUGGAGAUCUAAAUGAACAAAUUAAGUAUUCAGUUUAAGCUGUACUUUCUUGGAAGUGAUGCAUUCUUACACUAUUCUGUAUGAAGUCCAAAGAAACAAAAUGUUAUUUUUUUUUUGUCUGUGGGGUGUAUUUGAGCUGGCAGGUGAACUAACUAAAUACUCAGAACUAUUGUGUGUCUUCUGCACAUAAUCAGUUCAUCAUUUUAUUUUGUGCUAUUACACACUGAAUAGCACACUGAAAAUGUAUCGUAUGCUAUUAUUCUGCUCAACUUUCACACUGUUCAUUUAUCAUGAUUCUGGUUAUGAAUCUGUUGAAACAUUAAAUACAUGAAAGCAACACUCCAUAGAACUUAUUUUAAAAAUGAAACCUUUUUUAAUGGCUAACAUCAGACUAAUGCGUUUUGUCAUAUAAGCCUUUAUCUGAGCUUCCUCUUGACCUAUUUUUUGGAUUAUGGUUUUUUGGAGUGCUGCCUUUCCUUUUAUUUCAUGAAUUCGCUGGAAGCCACUUAGCAGUUUCUGGCAGAGCACCCGUUCAAAUGAAGACUAUGUGAAGAGACAUACUGUACAUUUUCAAUAUAUGGACUUAUAUCUUACGCCAUCAAGUUUUGUAUGCCAAUAUAUUCUGGAGAACUGAGCUGCAUGUUGAAGCUCUAUUUUCAUCAACAGCAACAAACGACUUGAUGCAGUAUUACAUGCAGUGUUUGGAGCAUGGACCACAUUUUAGAUCAGUAAAUAAAUUUUGACUUAACUGUUGGGACACACCUGUCAGGUGUAUGGGUGGGUUCACUUGUUUACAUAUAAACCAACCUUCUGUAGAUACCAACAAGAUUUAUAUCUUCAGCAUUCUGUGAGAUCCAUUUCCAUCAAUUUUUUGCCAUUUUUAUAGAGUCUGGUCACGGUGGCAGCAGGUUAAGCAAGGGAGUCCAGACACCAGAGGAGCAGUGGUUCUACUCUGAGCUCCCUCCGGAUGUCCGAGCUACUUACCCUAUCUACUAAAUAAGGGUGAGCCCAACCACCAUACAGAGAAAAACCCAUUUCAGGGACCGCAUUCUUUAUUUUGGUCACUACCCAAAGCUCAUAACCAGAGCUGAGUGGUGGAGGUAGAUUGAAUGGUAGAUCUAAAGCGUUGCCUUCCAGCUCAGUUCCUUUACUGCAGUGGUCCGGGACAAUGCCCGACUUACUGAAGUUGCACCAAACAAUACCAAUUAACUUUCGCAGAAUGGGUAUAUGCUUUAUGUCUAUAAUUAGGUUAUUAUCAUGGCUAUUUGUCAGGCAGUGUUACAUUCAUGUUUGAGUCUGCUUUUGGUCUUGACAUCACAAAGUUUUGAGAUUUGUUUCAGUUGGGACUUGACUUGACUUUGUUCUUGCCUGGAUAUUGAGUCUAGUUUCCUGUCAGUAUAACUAUAGUUAGCCAAUGUACAAAGACUCAGUGGAGAAUCUUCUGCACUGACACUGAAUGGCAUUUAAUCAGGGGAAAAAUUAAAUAGAAAUCUUUUUGCCUAGAUUUUGUUUUCCUGUGUUACAGACAACAUAACACAUUUUAACGGCUCUCAACCAUCAUUUGUAUUCAUUAGUCAUAAUAUUAGUAGCACCACAAAUUCACUAGAGAUAAACAUGUCAGUAAACAAAGGAAGUUUUUCUCCCUGUUACAUGUCUGUUUAUGGAGAAUCCAGUUCACUAUAAAAAUGAAAAAUAUAAUUUCAUGCAUAGAAACUGCUAAUUUGUCGUGUCAACAUUUUAGCUUUUUGUUCAAAGCAACAUGCCAUGUUUUGUUGGUACACCUAAGCUGCUGUGAAACAGUAUUAAAUCUUUAAUUGAUUGCUUUGGACUUAAUAACAAAACCCCGCAAGACUGUUCCUUUGCUUGUAAAACACUUGAGUAAAUACUGAGGUACAUUCUCUGUACCUUUUAUCAUUUGUCCUGUCAGAGUAUUAGAUUUGAUUUCCAAGCAUAUUUAUCUUGUAAUUCUACUAAUCAACCUUAAAAUUAGAGUCUGACAGAGAGUGCAAUUAAUUUAUGGCUUCUUGGAGCUGAGACACAUGCAGACAGACAAACAAGACGCACUCUCAAAGAGGUACGAGGAAUUGUUUGCAAUCGGUUUCGCUAACCAGAUUAAUGAAACAGGUUGGCACACAGCCUUGACUGAUUCACAUGUCAGAACAUCACAAAACAGUAAAAUAACUAAUAAAAUAACAUUAGCUUUUUGUAUAUUCACCACUUGUUUUUGUUUUUUUCUUAAUUUCCAUUAAACUGAGUGAUGCACAGGCGUGGUAAAUUGUUUAAUGUGCUCUCACCAUAUCCAUGAGCAUAUUGACAUGUGCUAAGCUAACUGCACUCAUUUAAUCUCAUUAUGACUCUGCGAGAUGCUCUACUGGAACCAAAAAACCCCCACGCAAACUUCCACAGACUGCAUAUUACUAUGCAGGAAAAUUAGAAUAAUCCUCAGCGUUUUUCAUUAUGCAUGAAUUAGCGGCCGCUAAUGACAGAAUCCUCUCUGUUUGUCAGAUAUGUUGUCAACAUUAAUAAUGCUGCAGCAAGCUUUCACAGAAUGGGAUGACACGCAGCAUUCACGAGCCUGUCAGACGUGAUGUUUUUGACAAGUGACACGUUUCUGGCAUUGACUGUGCGCUCAGACACUGUGAGUUAGUUAAACAGGUGGAGAAUUUUUUAGUAGAAUUUGUCAUCCUUGCUUGCAGCCAUGCUAUACAACUAUUUUCACUUGGUAUACGACUAGUGUUGUGAUCUCUUGAUGACCCAUAAAGUACUUCCUUGAACAGUCAACUGCGUUGCCGAGAACCAUGUACUAGAACAUACGCCCCCUCCUGCCUACUAUGGAAAAGGGAUUAUCUUGUUUCACUUUGCUUCUUAUCACAAGUACCAGAAUACUCUUAUAUUUGGUCCCUUAUAUGUUUCAUGAAUCAUGUGGAGAAUACAGUUAUGGAGUAGAAGGACUUGGCCUUUAAUGCUAAUGCUGUCUGCUGUUACACAAGCCUGUCGAUACAGAGGUCAGAAACUGUUGUGUGAAACGUUGCAAACUUAGGGACUAUUUGGACACUUUCAUUUUUUUUCCUCGCCCUGGAUUUAUUGUUUAUUUAAUUCUAAUUAAUGAGGUCAAUAGUUUCAUCAAAAAUAAAUUUUGCCAUGUGCAGAGGACAACAGUUCUGUCUCUGUGCACGGUUACACAUGUUGUACUAUAUUAUUUGGACAUGUUGUGGAAAGGGUGUCGUAGUAUAGUUCAAGUGUGGUUCAGCUGAAGUUACCAGUCUAGUAU